AUGGCCGACUCGAAGCUGCACCAUGCGCCCCCUUUCCGGGCAGAGCACAUGGGAUCUCUGCUUCGACCGCAGAAGCUCCUAGAUGUGCGAGCAGCCAUUCGAGAAAAGGGCAUCUCGGAGGAAGAAGCUGGCCUUCCUGCCGUGGAAAAGGAAUCCAUUGGACAGAUUGUGAAGACUCAGCGCGACCUGGGUCUCAAAGCUGUCACAUCUGGAGAAUACAACCGAACCCGUUUCUGGGGACUGUUUUGGGAUGAGCUGGCUGGCACCAUCAGACUACAGGAUGCUGAAGCAAGUAUGUUCCGGCUGUAUCACCCGGACGUGGUGUCGUUGAUAGAGAAGGAUCGAAAGGUGAUGCCAGGAGACUCCGUGGUUGCCGGCAGCAAGAUCAGGCAUGAAGGGACAAAGUCCAACCUCCAUGAGCUGAAGCUGGUUCAAGAGUUUGUGCCCAAGGAAGAGUGGGGAAAUAUCAAGUUAACCAUGAUCACGCCGUCGUGGUUCCACAUGAGAUACAAGCAGGGCAGUGCGUACAAACCCGAGGCGUACUCGAACGACGCCGAGUACUUCAAGGACGUCGCCGCGGCGUACUCACGAGAGCUGCAGGUCUUGUACGAUGCCGGGCUCCGAAACGUUCAAUUUGACGACCCGAAUAUGGCGUACUUCUGCUCGAAGCAAUUUCGUGACGGCUGGGCCCAGGACAAGGACAACACUGGCACCGUUGACGAUCUUCUAGACGCCUACAUCAAACUAUACAACGACUCCCUUGCAAACGCCCCUGCGGAUCUGCACACAGGCAUCCAUCUCUGCCGUGGCAACUUCAUUGGCGGGCGCCACUUCGCUGAGGGAGCCUACGACAUCAUUGCUCAGAAACUCUUCACGACGCUCAACGUAUCGACUUUCUACCUGGAAUACGACACCGAGCGGGCUGGCGGUUUCGAACCGCUCAAAUACCUGCCCAAGAACAAGAACGUCGUGAUUGGGGCGAUCAGCACGAAGCUGAGGCAGCUGGAGGACAAAGAACAAGUCAAGCAGCGAAUCUACAAGGCGGCCGAAUUUGUCGCGGAAGGAUCACAGCAAACAAAAGAAGAGGCACUAAAGCGAAUCGAGCUCUCCCCGCAGUGCGGAUUCAGCACUCAUGAGAGCGGCUACCCGCUGAGCGCCGAGGACCAAAGCAAUAAGUUGAGGUUGAUCAGGCAGAUCGCGGAUGAGAUCUGGGGCGAGCCUUGA